UCCGGCGGCAACUCCUCCCACCCCUUCUUCCUCUUCGAGUCCGCCGCCGCCGCCGACGCCCCACGCUCCUUCUCCUACCCGCAUUACUACUCCUCCUCACCGCCCCCCUCCUUCCCCCACCACCACCACUCCAAUUCCAGCGACGAACUCCGAUUCCCUCCCCCGCUGCCCCCGCACUACCACCACCACUCCCACCCCUACAUCGUCGGCGGCGGCGGCGGAGGAGGCGGGGGGUCGGCGUCGCUGUCGGGGAGCGACGGGUCGCUGACGCUGGAGCGGGCCAUGUCGGAGUACGGCGGGGCGCCGGGGACGCUCCCGGAGUUCAUGGGGAGCGGCGGCGGGGCGGGGAUCUUCCGGGUGCCCCUGCGCGCCGCGAUGCACCCGGGCCGCCCCCCGCCGCUCGAGCUGCGCCCGCACCCGCUGCGCGAGACGCAGGCCGGGUCCUUCCUCCGCGCCGUGGCGUGCGAACCGCGCCGGGGCCAGCUCUGGGCCGGGGCCGAGUCCGGGCUCCGGGUGUGGGACCUCGCCGAGGUGUUCGGCGGGUGGGGGCCCGGGGAGGCGCGGCGCGGGGACGAGGAGAGCGCGCCGUUCCGGGAGUCGGCGCCGACGUCGCCCGCCAUGUGCUUGGUGGUGGACGCCGCCACCGGAUUGAUCUGGAGCGGCCACAGGGACGGGAAGAUCCGGUCGUGGAAGAUCGAGCAGCCCAAGGCGCACCAGGACGCCUCUGAGGAUGGCGCCGCGCCCGUCCAAUUCAGGGAAGGGCUCUCUUGGCAGGCGCACCACCGGUCCCCUGUUCUCUCCAUGGUCAUCACUUGCUAUGGUGAAUUAUGGUCUGGAUCUGAAGGUGGAGUUAUAAAGGCGUGGCCUUGGGAUGCCAUUGAAAAAUCCCUCUCUCUAACUAUAGAAGAAAGGCAUAUGGCGGCUUUACUGGUUGAAAGAUCAUAUGUUGACCUACGAAGCCAGGUCACAGUUGGUGGUGUUUGUUCUCUGCCUGCUUCCGACAUAAAGUAUAUGGUAGCCGAUAAUUCUAGAUCUAAGGUGUGGAGCGCUAGUAGCCUCACCUUCGCUCUGUGGGAUGCUCGUUCGAGGGAUCUAUUGAAAGUAUUUGGCAUAGAUGGCCAGGUUGAGACACGGGUCGACUCUCAACCAAUGCAGGAAUCUUAUGUAGAGGAUGAGAUGAAGGUUAAAUUCGUCUCCACGUCAAAGAAGGAGAAGUCGCAAGGCUCUUUUAACUUCUUUCAGCGCUCUCGUAAUGCCCUGAUGGGUGCGGCUGAUGCUGUGCGUAGAGUAGCUGUCAAAGGAACAUUCACAGAAGACAAUCGUAGAACGGAAGCAUUGGCAAUAGCAAUGGAUGGGACAAUUUGGUCCGGAUUCACAAAUGGUACACUUAUUCAGUGGGAUGGAAAUGGGGGCCGAAUACAGGAGGUUCAGCAUCAUCCUUCCUCCGUUCAGUGCAUUUGCGCGUUUGGGACGCGGUUGUGGGUGGGUUAUGUUAGUGGCACUAUUCAGGUUAUGGAUCUUGAAGGGAAUUUAUUGGGAGGAUGGGUUGCACACAGCUGUCCGGUCAUUAAGAUGGCUGUUGGGGGUUCCUAUAUCUUUACGUUGGCUCAUCAUGGAGGUAUCCGUGGCUGGCAUUUAACAUCUCCCGGACCUCUUGACGAUAUUUUGAGAACUGAAUUGGCCAACAGGGAAUUGUCAUACACCAAGAUAGAAAAUAUUAAGAUACUCGCUGCGACUUGGAAUGUUGGACAAGAAAAGGCAUCUCAUGAUUCGCUCAUAUCGUGGCUGGGCAGCGUGGCAUCGGAGGUUGGUUUGGUCAUCAUCGGAUUGCAGGAGGUGGAAAUGGGUGCUGGUUUUCUUGCAAUGGCAGCUGCAAAGGAAACUGUAGGACUUGAGGGCAGUGCCAAUGGACAAUGGUGGUUAGACACUAUUGGCAAGACCUUAGAUGAGGGUACAUCUUUCCAACGGGUCGGUUCAAGGCAGCUGGCAGGACUACUAAUCUCAGCAUGGGCAAGGAAGAACCUUAGGCCACAUAUUGGUGAUGUUGAUGCUGCAGCAGUGCCAUGCGGAUUUGGGCGUGCAAUUGGUAACAAGGGUGCUGUAGGUUUGAGAAUGAGAGUUUAUGAUCGAUCAAUAUGCUUUGUAAACUGUCAUUUUGCUGCACAUCUUGAAGCAGUCAGCAGACGCAAUGCUGACUUUGAUCAUGUCUAUAGAACAUUGUCUUUCAGCAGGCCUUCUAUCGGGCUUCAUGGAGCGGCAGCUGGUGCAACAUCUGUCCAAUUGCAUCGAGGAGUGAAUGCUAGUGGAUCUCAAUCAGAUGAUGGGAAACCUGAGCUGUCCGAAGCAGACAUGGUGGUAUUCCUUGGUGAUUUCAAUUAUCGGCUUCACGGUAUCACAUAUGACGAGGCAAGGGACAUGGUUUCUCAAAGAUGUUUUGACUGGCUUAGAGAGAAGGAUCAACUGCGAGCAGAGAUGAAAGCAGGCAAAGUCUUUCAAGGAAUGCGUGAAGGACAAAUCAAAUUUCCCCCCACUUAUAAGUUUGAAAGGCACCAACCAGGCUUAUCAGGAUAUGAUUCGGGUGAGAAGAAGCGGAUUCCAGCAUGGUGUGACAGAAUAUUGUAUCGUGAUAGCCGCUCUAUUUCGGUGGCUGAAUGCUCAUUAGAGUGCCCUGUGGUUUCAUCAAUUAUAUUGUAUGAAGCUUGCAUGGAUGUCACAGAUAGCGAUCACAAGCCCGUGAGGUGUAUGUUCAAUGUUGAGAUAGCUCGCGUAGAUGAAUUAAUAAGGAGGCAAGAAUAUGGAGAAAUAAUUGCAUCGAAUGAGAAAAUAAGUUCUAUGCUCGAAGAGUUUUCUAUUAUUCCAGAAACAAUUGUUAGCACAAACAACAUCAUCUUGCAAAAUCAAGAAACAACCAUCCUUAGAAUAACUAAUAAAAGCGAGAAGGACAAGGCUGCUUUUGAGAUCAUUUGUGAAGGCCAGUCGACCGUUAAAGAGGAUGGUAAUGCAUCAGAGCUUUGUUCUCGAGCUUCUUUUGGAUUUCCUCUUUGGCUUGAGGUUCAUCCAGCAGUCGGGAUAAUCAAGCCCGGUCAAAUAGUAGAAAUCACCGUUCACCACGAGGACUUCUACACUCAGGAAGAGUUUGUCGAUGGAAUUCCGCAAAACUGGUGGUGUGAAGAUACAAGGGACAAGGAAGUCGUCCUGUCAGUAAACGUAACAGGCACCGGCUCGACUAAGAGUAAGACCCACCGGAUCCAUGUAAGACAUUGCUUUGCAUCCCGUACGUCAUGUAAUGAGACUAAAGGGCCUUCGAGAAGAAACCAAUCGAAUCACCUUCACCGUUCUGACUUCGCCCAGUUCGGCAGCUCAGAGGUACAUGACUUGUGCCACAUGCGUUGCCCUUAAAAGCAGUUUAUAUGUAGCCCAUAUCUAUAUAUCAUUUUUGAAUGAGACAAAUGGAAGUGAAGCCAAAGAUUUUUCUUGUGAAAACACCCUAAGAACUUGCUCCUAGAUUCUUCUUUUAUUUUUUUCUUGUACAUACACAACUCGGAGUCAAAAAAAAAAAAGGCUGAAUACCCGAGGUACUCGCAUGUUAUCGUGUUUCAUUUAUUCUUUUUUCAGUAUAUUUUAGAGAGCUGAGUUCUUAGGAGAGAGAGCUGUGUUUUGAGUUGAUUGUUGUCUUUGUAAUAUUCCUCAUAGAGUGAUUUUUAGGUGAUGUCUUUAACAGCAUAAAGCAGAAGAGCUUUAAUUUUGUGUAUUU